AAGCUACUAUGAGAGUAGUGACCUGCCAUCAGCCAUGGGGUGAUGGAGGAGGCCAGGAGACACCCAGGCAGACAGACGAGAGCAUCAACAUGGCUGCUGAGCUCUACAUAGCCAACCACCAACACGACAAGGCCCUUCAGGUUCUAGUCCAGUUCUGUGGGAUCGUCCUGGAAAGAGGAGAACCUAAGCCAGACCUUGCAGAGGAGCAGGAGAAGAUGGAAGCAGAGGAGAAGAUGGAAGAGGAGGAGAACCCAGAGGAGGAGAACCCAGAGGAAGAGCAGAAGAAGAUGGAAUCAGAGGGGGACCCAGAGAAAGAACAGGAGAUGAAAACAGCAACAACAGAGGAGACUGGGGAGGUUAGAGAGGUGGUAGUUCCAGACCAUGUACCAGUGGACAUCAGAGUGAAACUCAUGGUCUGUCUGAUCCACCAGCAUGUUUACAGACCUCUGGAUUCCAUGUUGACGUCUCUGAUGGAGCAGAGCCCAGAGGAGCUGGGAUCUAACGGCAUCAUCUCGUACCUUCGUUAUAACGGCAUCAUCCUACCUCGUUAUAACGACAUCAUCCUACCUCGUUAUAACGACAUCAUCGUACCUCGUUAUAACGGCAUCAUCGCUACCUCGUUAUAA